CUAACUUGUGUUGCUUUCACCAGUUGUAUUAUAUACCGCGCGACAUGGUAUCUUGGUAUCAAUAGCAAGUACUAAUCAUCCCUUCUGAAAAUUGUUAUUAAUCGAGGCUUCUGGAGCGUUCUCUUUGGUCUCGGAAUAUAAACAUGUCCUACGUCACCGCUAAGUUUGUCCGUACAGUCGCCUCGAGGCGGCGUUACGUUAACUUCGGCAACGGGAGUGCCUGCCGUUCCCCACAUGUUUCUUUCUCUCAUCGUCCUUGCACUUUUGGGGAACGCCUGUCACUCCUUCGACCUUCCUUCACUCCGUUACGACCGAAACGACCCCACUACGGCACACUCACUCGCGCUAAGCCAUCUCCACCACAUCAUGUCCGGUGGAAGUGCAAUCCAUCCCGCAUCGAAGCCUCCAGAUGUUCAUAAAACAGAAACUGAGCGACCCAAAGGCGCAUAUCCCAAGAAGGAUGACCGGGCAUAUACACAAGUGUACCUCGCUCGUGCGCGGAUUGAGGGGAUUGAGAAGUGGAGAGUGGCGGUUGAUACAGCGCUGCAGGCAGCCGAGGAAGAACGGACGCGGUUUGAGGAAACGAAUAGGAAACGGCGAAGAACUGAAGAAGAGGCGUGGGCAGCUCUUGAAGAGACGCAAGAGGAUAUCGAGGGGGUAAUGGCGCCGGACGUCCGAGUUGAGCAUACUGACGCAGUGGGGGGUACAAAGCAGAAGCGCCGCAGUCGGCGGCAUGAGCUUUGGAAAGGCCUCCGAAAUGUGUUCUUUAAUAUUAUCUUCUAGUGCAGUCCGUCAUCUGAUUUCUUAUCGUGGGUGUUCGUAAUAGCAUAAUUUGCUGUUCUGGGAGGCAUGAGCAGUGGGUAGAUGAUGGUC